AUGUCGUCGCUCCUGGAAGGCAUCUUUCCGCCCUCGCGCCAAAACUACGAACUCCUCCUUCGAGGCUGGCAAAUCGGAUAUCCCAUCCUUGGCUCCCUGCAAUGGGUCAUCAAAUGGUACGGCAUGGGCAAAACCUCCGUCGCCAGCCGCUUCAACAUCCCCGGCCGCAUCGCCUGGAUGACCAUGGAAAGCCCGGGCUUCCUGACGCUGCUUUACGUGAUGAAGACGCUCCCUCAACGGGCCGGCGUUGAAGACUUGCCCUGGCAGAACAGAGUCCUCGGCGGCCUCUUUGUCAUCCACUACUCCUACAGAGCAAUCCUCUUCCCCCUCCUCCAGCCCAGCAUGUCCCCCAUCCACAUUGGCGUCUGGGCCCUCGCCCUCAGCUUCCAGCUCUGCAACGCCCUCUGUCUUUCAUCCUGGCUCUCCGCCUACGGGCCUACCACGCCCGAAGCUUGGGCUCUCUCAUCGUCCCUCCCGCAGUUCAUCUUGGGCAUUGGCAUCUUCUACCUCGGUCUGUCAUCCAACUUCUUCCACGACGAGGAACUGCGCGAGAUUCGAAGGCGGGAACAGAAACGCCAGGACCGCAUCCGCGCACAACAAUCCUCCUCAUCCACUAACAAUAAGAGCGGUGCUGCUGGUGGUAGCGGCGGCAGCGGCGUGGAAAAGCACUACCAGAUCCCGCAGGCAGGACUCUUCAGAUACAUUCUCUAUCCGCAUUACUUGUCCGAAUGGAUCGAGUGGUUCGGCUUCUGGAUGGCUGCGGGCUGGGGCUGCGCCCCCGCGCGCGCGUUUCUCGUCAACGAAGUCUUUUCGAUGCUGCCUAGGGCCGUCAACGGGAAGAAGUGGUAUGUUGAUAAAUUUGGCGAGGACAAGAUUCGGGGCAGGUGGGCUGUCAUUCCGGGGGUUGUGUGAUUGGCUUGCUGGAUGGGACUGGGUCAAAGUAGGUAUGAUUUGUGAUGGGUUGUUGAUGGGUACAGCUUCAACCCCAACAGGGAUAAUUGAUCGUGUAUAUAGUACAGAUAUAACCUUGUGUUAUCACACCAAA